ACGGAAGCAAGCAACCCUCAUAGUGAGGACCCCGACAGUACUCGCCGAACGAGCCUGACACAUAGAAGGACUCCGUAGGUUUGGAAAAAGCCCGUUUCUUGGGUUGAACUGAUUUUUGCCUGGGGUUUGUCCUGUUGCUAAGAAGAGACUCUCUAUCUGCAGCAGGCGCUGGAGAGAUACAAACUGUACAUUUGCUUCGGGGCUUUUCCUCAACGAUCUGUGCCUGGACAAACAGAGAACUGCAUUUCUUGGCUUCCUGCCCAUCUGGAGUGGGGAAGCAUCCUGCUACAUUGGCAAGACAUCAACCGGACUCCACAGGAGAAUGAACAAAAAGAAUGGCCUCCUAUCCUCGGCUGGAGAAAAACCACUCACAGGAUUUCAGGUCCGCCGCGCACCGUGGAGAAAAUGCCUUAUCGGUAGGUAAGAGAGGCUUCCUUGCCAUUCUUGGAGCGUUCCCUCCAUGGUCCAAAUGUCACCCAUGCUUUAGAGCCAAACCAAAGUCUUCACUAAGCGCCCAGAAGGCAGGCAAGCAAGUCCUCGUUUAUGGCCAACGUGGUGGGACUUCGGAAGAGUCCUGAUUGUGUCACACUCUGACCCGUGGGAGUUCUUCACCGCUCGAUGGGCACAUCUGGAUAUUCAGUGAAGCGAGGGGUUGCCAGACUUCUCAAGUCUUCAGAGCAAGGUGGGGGAGAUAAUGUUGAAGCUUCUGGGGGGAGGCGACUGGGGGUGCAGGGCUCAGAGAACAGGUGGGUCCUGCUUUACAACGCUCAAGUUCAAUUCAAAACAGCAGUAGCAGCAGCACCAGUGACCCUCCAGGUGUUCUAUACCUGGCCUCUACUCUCAGUCCAGAUGUUAGUGCCUUGCCUGCCACCGAGGCUGGUACCACUGGGGACAGGCACAGCAAGUCUGGUCACUGGAGGAUUUUACAGGUUUCAUGUCUCAAACCCAGAACCCCAUGUUCUGGCCACCCCAACUAGCAGGCAGCCACAGAGGUUGCUCCUUACCAGGCACUACAGUAGAAUUGGUAACCGAUCUAAAGAGUGUUACCCGAGCAUCUAUUAUGUGCCAGGUCCUGAACAAAGUGGGCGGAUUCACUACAGCUUCCCAGCAAGUGCAUGGCAAGGCUGCGACUCGAAUCAAGCCCGACUGACAGCAGACUUCCUGUUCUGGACCAUGGCUGUGAAGUGAAAGAUCCUACUAUCGCCUCUACUUCCCCAUAGGGCAUUUGGACCAAAUGGAUGAUAUCCAUCCUAACGAGUGUGAAGUGUUAUCUCAUUAUGGGCUUGACUUGCAUCGACCCAUUGUUAGUGAUGGUCAGCUACCGCUUCUCUCUCCGCUAACCAUCCUCCAUCCAUCUCCUGUUGUCAUUUCUGGAGCCUCUUUCUGCUUGCGGCCUAAUAACUUGGUAUUACCACUUGAGUCAUUUGCUGAGACUUCAGGAAGCUGCCCAUACGGAUCUGGCUGCCGCCGGGGGUUUCCGGCGGGCCACCACGCUGCCACAUCACCUCGGAUCAUCUACCACGCAUUCUCGGUGGUUCAGCCACCCCAGCUGAGUGGGGAUUCAUGUCAGCACAGUCAUUCAUUCAACCACUGCACAAGCAGCACCUACAGUGCGCCACACACACUGCUUGAAGACCGGGGAAUGCUAAGACAGAUGAAGUGCAAAUCCCCCCCAUCCCCCCACCCUGAGCAGCUUGCAGACUACCAGGGAGCCUGGCAGGAGACUGAUUGUGUGGAUUCUCUGCCCUCGGUGUUAGACUCGACUCGCUCUUCUUUCUGUUUUCCAAUGAGAUCCUUUGCGGAAAGCUGCCACCCAGCAAGCUCGUCUUUCCAUUCAUUGUCAAACUUUACAACCGGACUGCACCUGGUCAUUGAAGCUCCGCAGCGCGCCUUCUCGUCUACACACCCACCCUUCCGAUUGUCUUCCCAAGGCAGAGUACUACUCUUUGAAUCCUUCAUACUUCUUUGAUCUCCCAACAUCAUCACCAUAACCCAUGAAUGAGAUGUCUGUGGCCGGUCUGGGACCCUCUUAUCCCUUCCAUACUGCAUAUAUGGGCACCUAUAGAGGACACUCUCUAUUCCAAAGAUACAAAUGAAAAAUUUGGAGAUGAUCUAUUUGUAAAUGGUCAACUUGCUGGAAUAACAAUAAUACAGGCCUGGUCUUUUGAGAACUACUGAUUAUUAAAGACC